AUGAAAAGCAAUCUAUUGGACGGCCGACCGCCCAACUGGCAAAAGCGACCUCGGACGCUAGCGUCCAUGUUAAGAAUUAUCGAGAAGAACUUUCUACUUUGUUGUACUGUCGCCGCUCUAACGACUUACCUCCUCGUUAGCCACAACUGGCAUGGUAUAUCAUCAAAGAAGAGAACCCAUCAAGGCCAUUUCACGUUACCACCAGAAGACCUCGACUAUGGGCUGCAACAAUGUGCUUUGAACCAAGUAAGACCCAUCGUGAAUUGGGAUUCAGCCGCGACCCGUCUUGCCAAGGCUCGAUCUGGACCGCGGACUAUCCUGAUACAUGCGACACUCAUUGACGGAGAUGAACAAGUUUCUCCCGGCUGUACUAUCGAGAUGCAGGACGGAAUCAUCGUCGGUUUGAGUACAGUGGCGUCAUUAGCAGAGACUGCCAAUAACUUGCACGGUCGAAUUGUUACACCAGGCCUGGUUGAUAUGCAUUCCCACAUUGGAAUCCGCGAGACGCCCCAGCUUUGGGCAACGGAGGAUGUGACUGAGAGUUCCUCGCCUGUUACGCCCUGGGGCCGAGCCGUUGACGCCAUCAAGGCCAGUGACCAGGCGUUUCCGGUGGUUGCGAGUGGAGGGGUCACCACGUCCUUGGUUUUGACGGGUGCAAAGAACUCCAUAUCUGGAGAAGGUGCGGUUCUCAAGAUGAAGAGAGGAGACUCAGUGAGCGACCUCCUUGUCAACCUGACCGAGUUUGGUGGAAAGCCUCAGCGGUAUUUGAAAAUGGCCAUGGGCGAGAACCAGAAGAGGCAAUUCCAGAAGGUCCCUGGCGGACCAGUGUCGAGGCUAGGUGAAUCAUACGUCUAUCGGAAGGCGUACGAUAACGCGAGGCGAGUUAAGCAAAGCCAAGACAUGUGGUGCGAGAUGGCAACGGCAAAGGCCGGUCGAGCAAGACUUGCGACAGAAUAUCCUCGUUCGCUGGAAUGGCAGACUCUAGUCGAUGUUCUUCGCGGUGACGUACGCGUUAACAUCCAUGGAUAUGAGACUGAAGAUAUCCUCGCAAUGUUUGAUCAUUCCGAUGAGUUUGGGUUCAAUAUCAUAGCCUUGCAUCACGGUUUGCACGCGGAUUCUGUUGCCGAUGAGGUGAAAAGGAGAAACGUUGCGGUAGUUGGGUUCACCGACUCCUGGGGUGACAAAUGGGAAAACUACAAUGUCAGCCUCUACUUUCCGAAGAGAAUAGCAGAUCAUGGAAUUCCUCUUGCUUUCACGCGUGAUCAUCCGGCAUUACAUGGACAGUUUCUUAUAUACGAGGCCCAAAUCGCUCACCACUUUGGCGUUGACGCCAAACUGGCGCUCUCGUCAGUAAUGUCGGUCCCAGCUAAUUUGAUUGGCUUACAUAACAGACAUCGGCUCAGGGUGGGCGCCAGCCCUCUUCAAGUCUUCAUUGAGGGUCAAAGCGUAGUUAGAGCCGCAUCCGACGUAUGGCACCGAUCACGAGAACAUCCCACAGAUGCUCCUCCCUCAAGGCCUGAAUCCGAAACAGACAAGUCGACCAAUAAUCCCGUGGGCCAAGAAAAUUUGGUACUAACUGGCCUUACUAAUAGUUUCAUUGGUGUUGAUAAUAAGCGAAGUCAAGAGCUUAAAGGGUCUAAUAUGACUGCGAUCAUACAAAAGGGGAGAGUAACCUGUGUGGGAGGCGAAGACUGUGCCAACAUGGCAGAGAAAGCAGCUGCGGAUGGAGUGACUGUGGUGCAUGUAGAUAACGCUUUUAUGCUUCCGGGCCUUACCGUGGCCACGCGACAGCACGGCCUGGCUGAGAUGGCCCUGGAACCCUCGACCACAGACGGUUCCUCGCCUGGAGAUAAUUUUGACAACCCCCCGGAAACUACGUUUGGGCUCACACUGGGCGGGAUCCAUCUGCAGAGCGCAUACCAUGCAGGUGUCACUCGCAUAAUCACUCCUCCUCUUACGACUGGCUUCUUCCACGGUAUCAGUGCAAGGUUCAGGGCAGGGGCAACAAGUGUGCUUGAUGACGGGGCAAUCUCGGACCCUAAUGUUGCCCUACAUUUUACCAUUGGGCAUGACGCAAAAGGUAGAAUCAGUUUUAGUAGCAUUCCUAUCGUCGUUCAUACAAACAACAAAGACGUUAUCGCACACAUAAUUGCCUUGAAGCGCGAGACCCAUGCUCACAUAGUGAUAAUGGGUGGCGCCGAGGCCCAUCUGCUUGCCACCGAGCUCUCAGAAGUUGAUGUCCCAGUUAUUGUUGCUCCGUUCUGGGGUUGUGAGCCUCUCUUCUGGGACUCUCGCCACUGCCUUCCUGGGCCACCCUUGACUGAUAAUCUGGGACCCCAAGUGCUGAUAGAGGCUGGCGUGACCGUCGGCAUAGGCAGCUGGGAUAACAUGAAUAAUCAUAUCCAAAGCAGUAUAUGGGAGGCCUCGUGGCUGGCAGGGCCCGCUAACCAUAGUCUAGCACUUGAUCUCGUGACUACAAACGUUGAGAAGGCCCUGAAGCUCUCGGAGGCCAGGGAUGUUGUGGUCUAUGAGGGGAUUCCGUUCGAGUUUGGAGCUCGUGUUGCGCUGAGUCUUGAGGAGGGAAUUAUUCGCAGUUUUUUUCCGAGUGCCGACGCAACGGAGUAA